UUUUAUGUGUUUUCUUUGACCCAUUACACAAUUUACUUAGUGCCACAAGUCAUUACCCAUUUCCUGCAUAAGUCUGCUUCCAUCUUCAUCACUGCUGUCUCAACCCAACACACUCACAUCCAAAAAAGCAAAUUUUGCCUUUUAUUUUAAUUUUUGUUUUCUUUUUUCUUUUCUUUCCUUCUCACAACAACAACAACAACAACAACAACAACAGCAACAACAUGAUGUGUCCUUCUUUUCUGCUUCUUUGUCCUUCUCUGACUUCUCCUCACAUUGAUAUUAGACUUCUACACGAAACCCAGAACCUUCCUCUUUCUCAUUUCUCUCUUUCCUCUGUUUUCAUCUUUUGCUCUUCAUCUCUCUCUUUCUCUCCUUGUGUGAUUCUGUAAUUUACUCAUCUGAUGAAUCCAACUCACGGAGAUUUCACUCCCUUGAACUCUAAUCAUUUCGAGGAUCCAAAGGUCAGGUUUAGGCAUCAUAGCCUUAUGCAAGACUAUGGAGAAUUGCAUAUGAUUGAUCUGGGCUCAGAGCUACUCGGAAAACCCGGAAAAAGGAACAACUUUCUUCUUUAAAAUAAUAGAAAGAAGAAACUUUUAAGUUUAAUUGCUUCUGCUUCCUUAACAAAGUUAAUUACUUAUUAAGAUUUCUAUGUGUAGUUAGUUAUGCAAAUCUCUAUUAGUCUUAACUCUUAAACAUAGUUUUAGGAUUUAAAACCUUGUUGUGUACAUAUUAUCAGCUCGAUACUCUGAUCUUUGAGAUCAUUUGGUUAUGAGCUUUUGUUAACGUGUGUUGGUUGAUUAUAUACACUAGGAAACCGAAGCUAUGAGAAAAAGGUUACAGGCAGUGCGAGAAAGAAAGGCAACACUAAUGGCUGAAGUCAGAUUUCUGCGACGGAGAUACAGACAUUUGAGACAAGACCAGCCACAAGAGAUUAAAAAGGUCAGAAGAUCAAAUGGUGGGAAGAAGAUCCGAGUGGAAGUGUCUCCUAGUAACAAAAGUGAGGCGGAAACUAAGCAUGUUUCGCUUCCUGACUUAAACCACUCGGAAAAGGCUCACGAUGAAACCAAAACCAGUCCUAAGAGAAGAGUUCCUUUGUUUGAUCUAAAUCAGAUAUCUGGAGAAGAAGAGCAAGAAACAGAGGCAGUGGACAAUAAUCAAGAGAACACGAGAGUUGAAGAAAGUAAUUCAUGUAAGAGAUUAAUGAUCAGUAGCAUUGAGAUGCAGCAGAAAGAUGUGAAGCCAUCUUCUUGCAGGAAUGGCGGAAACGGAUCAAAUAAGAGGAAAAUUUCAUGGCAAGAUCCUGUCGCAGCUCUCAGAGUCUAAAAUAAGAAGACGGAACCUUUUGUUCCUCCUCAUAGAUCUUGUUGUAACAUAGCUUCACAUCAAAGUUAGCUUGCUUAUUUACUUAUCUUGAUUGAACAACAUAUCCAAUUGUGACUUGAAAACUUAAAAACCUUAUCCAAUGGUGGCUUAUUGCAAACGUGACAUUUCUAUACCGAAACAUGUGUCAGCAAAC